CGCAGUUCGCGCACUGUACUCAGUCAAUAACACACCCUAUAUUCUUGCGCUCUCCGUGCGUAAAUUUCCGGUCACCAUUAUUCGACCCGCCGCCUCGCCGCCAAACGUACCGCCACCGGUCUACGGUAGAGCUUCACUCAGACCAUUUCUUGAUAUGAUACGCCGCACAAGUCCCGAGUUGAUCCAAGUUCAGGAAGGCAAGAGAGACUACUCCGUCUACGUCUUGGAUCCUCUCGAGGCCUGUUCUGCCGUGCCUGCCCUACCAGGGAAUUCCAACAACUUGCCACACGGCGUGGCGACGGGUCUUGGACUCAUGUCCGUCGCUCUCGAUGAUCCUGAAUGCGAUGUACUGGUCACUGGUACCAUCACCAACGAUGGAAUUCAAGAGAAGAAGUUAGAGGUCAUUUUCGCACUACGAGAGGUGUGCCUGAAGCGUU